UGCGGGCUGUCCAGGAGACAUACCUGGACGGGAAGGGGUCCCAGGAGGGAGAGGGGCCCCCCGAGGGGCACAGGAUCCGGAGGCGCCGGCGGAGGAGGAGGUGGUAACCUACAGGCCGGCUGCCCAGCGCCCGGAUCGCUCAAGGGCCGUGGUGAGCGCAAGAUGUAGGGGUUUGGGGAUUGGAGCAUUGGAAGCCACUGCCCCAGAGCGGGCGGUGUGUCCUGCUGGAUCCUCUUCUGCCACCUCAGCCUGGACAUCAUCGAAACUGUGUCUGCAGGGAGGCAGCAGAAGGCAGCAGAGGCUGGGGAGCAGCAGCAUGCAGCCCGAGGAGGGCACGGGCUGGCUGCUUGAGCUGCUGUCCGAGGUGCAGCUACAACAGUACUUCCUGCGGCUCCGUGAUGACCUCAAUGUUACCCGCCUGUCCCACUUUGAGUAUGUCAAGAAUGAGGACCUGGAGAAGAUUGGCAUGGGCCGGCCUGGACAGCGGCGAUUGUGGGAGGCUGUGAAGAGGAGAAAGGCCAUGUGCAAACGCAAGUCUUGGAUGAGCAAGGUGUUCAGUGGAAAGCGACUGGAGGCUGAGUUCCCCCCUCAUCACUCUCAGAGCACCUUCCGGAAGACCUCGCCCACUCCAGGGGGCCCAGCAGGGGAGGGGCCCUUGCAGAGCCUCACGUGCCUCAUUGGGGAGAAGGACCUGCAUCUCUUCGAGAAGCUAGGAGAUGGCUCCUUUGGCGUGGUGCGCAGGGGCGAGUGGGACGCCCCCUCGGGGAAGACGGUGAGUGUGGCUGUGAAGUGCCUGAAGCCUGAUGUGCUAAGCCAGCCAGAGGCCAUGGAUGACUUUAUCCGGGAGGUUAAUGCCAUGCAUUCCCUGGACCAUCGAAACCUCAUUCGUCUCUAUGGUGUGGUGCUCACGCCGCCCAUGAAGAUGGUGACAGAGCUGGCGCCGCUGGGAUCGUUGUUGGACCGGCUGCGCAAGCACCAGGGCCACUUCCUCCUGGGAACUCUGAGCCGCUACGCCGUGCAGGUGGCUGAGGGCAUGGGCUACCUAGAGUCCAAGCGCUUUAUUCACCGUGACCUGGCUGCCCGAAAUCUGCUGUUGGCCACCCGUGACCUGGUCAAGAUUGGGGACUUCGGGUUGAUGCGUGCACUACCCCAGAAUGACGACCACUAUGUCAUGCAAGAGCAUCGCAAGGUGCCCUUUGCCUGGUGUGCUCCCGAGAGCCUGAAGACACGUACCUUCUCCCAUGCCAGUGACACCUGGAUGUUUGGGGUAACGUUGUGGGAGAUGUUCACCUAUGGCCAGGAGCCCUGGAUUGGCCUCAAUGGCAGUCAGAUUCUGCAUAAGAUUGACAAGGAGGGGGAACGUCUGCCGCGGCCUGAGGACUGCCCACAGGAUAUCUACAAUGUCAUGGUUCAGUGCUGGGCUCACAAGCCAGAGGACAGACCCACCUUUGUGGCCCUGCGGGACUUCCUGCUGGAGGCCCAGCCCACUGAUAUGAGGGCGCUUCAGGACUUUGAGGAGCCAGACAAGCUGCACAUCCAGAUGAACGACGUCAUCACCGUCAUCGAGGGAAGGGCUGAGAAUUACUGGUGGCGUGGACAGAACACCCGGACACUGUGUGUGGGACCCUUUCCUCGCAACGUGGUGACCUCCGUGGCUGGCCUUUCAGCCCAGGACAUCAGCCAACCCCUGCAGAAUAGCUUCAUUCACACGGGACAUGGCGACAGUGACCCCCGCCACUGCUGGGGCUUCCCCGACAAGAUUGAUGAACUGUACCUGGGAAACCCCAUGGACCCUCCUGACCUGCUGAGCGUGGAACUGAGCACCUCCCGACCCACCCAACAUCUAGGAAGGGCGAAAAGGGAGCCUCCACCUCGCCCACCUCAGCCUGCCAUCUUCGCUCAGAAGCCAACCUACGACCCAGUGAGUGAGGACCAGGACCCUCUGUCCAGCGACUUCAAGAGGCUGGGCCUCCGGAAACCAGGCCUGACCCGUGGGCUGUGGCUGGCGAAGCCCUCAGCUCGGGUGCCGGGCACCAAGGCAGGGCGUGGCGGCGGGAGCGAGGUCACACUCAUUGACUUCGGCGAGGAGCCCGUCAUCCCCGCCCCCCGGCCCUGCGCACCCUCACUGGCACAGCUGGCCAUGGAUGCCUGCUCCUUGCUGGACAAGACUCCACCGCAGAGCCCCACUCGGGCACUGCCCCGGCCCCUGCAUCCCACACCUGUGGUGGACUGGGAUGCCCGCCCGCUGCCCCCGCCUCCUGCCUAUGACGAUGUGGCCCAGGAUGAGGACGACUUUGAAGUCUGCUCCAUCAACAGCACCCUGGUUGCUGCAGGGGUCUGUGCUGGGCCCAGCCAGGGUGAAACCAAUUAUGCCUUUGUGCCUGAGCAGGCGCAGCUCCUCCCUCCCCUGGAGGACAAUCUGUUCCUCCCACCCCAGGGUGGGAGCAAGCCGCCCAGCUCGGCCCAGACCGCACAGAUCUUCCAGGCGCUGCAGCAGGAGUGCAUGCGGCAGCUGCGGGUCCCGGCUGGCUCCCUGGUCCCUUCACCUGGCCCAGCCCCAGCGGGUGAGGACAAGCCCCAGGUGCCCCCCCGGGUGCCCAUCCCCCCGAGGCCCACUCGCCCACGCGGUGAGCUGUCACCAGCCCCCUCAGGUGAGGAGGAGAUAGGGCGGUGGCCUGGACCUGCCUCCCCUCCCCGGGUGCCUCCCCGGGAGCCCCUGUCCCCUCAAGGCUCGAGGACCCCUAGCCCCCUGGUACCACCUGGAAGCUCCCCGCUGCCGCCCCGGCUCUCAAGCUCACCUGGGAAGACCAUGCCCACCACCCAGAGCUUUGCCUCAGACCCCAAAUAUGCUACACCACAAGUGAUCCAGGCACCCGGCCCACGGGCUGGUCCCUGCAUCCUACCCAUCGUCCGUGAUGGCAAGAAGGUCAGCAACACCCACUAUUACCUGCUGCCUGAGCGCCCACCCUACCUGGAACGCUACCAGCGCUUCCUGCGUGAGGCCCAAAGCCCUGAAGAGCCGGCCCCCUUGCCUGUGCCCCUGCUGCUGCCCCCACCCAGCACCCCAGCCCCUGCCGCCCCCACUGCCACUGUUCGACCAAUGCCCCAGGCUGCCCCAGACCCCAAGGCCAACUUCUCCACCAACAACAGUAACCCGGGGGUCCGGCCACCAGCCCUGAGGGCCACUGCACGGCUGCCACAGAGGGGCUGCCCUGGGGACGGGCCAGAGGCUGGACGACCAACAGACAAGAUCCAGAUGCUGCAGGCCAUGGUGCAUGGGGUGACCACAGAGGAGUGCCAGGCGGCCCUGCAGAGUCACAGCUGGAGCGUGCAGAGGGCUGCCCAGUAUCUGAAGGUGGAGCAGCUCUUUGGGUUGGGUCUGCGGCCGCGAAGCGAGUGCCACAAGGUGCUGGAGAUGUGUGACUGGAACCUGGAGCAGGCAGGCUGCCACCUCCUGGGCUCCUGCGGCCCCGCCCACCACAAGCGCUGAGAUGUCUGAAGAGCCAGAGGGUCUGCCCUGAAGGAAUCACUUGAGCCUGUCCAUCUGACAAGGGUGGGGAGAAGACCUGCCCAGGCCUGGAGGACCUGCUGCCACUUGCCGUGGCAGAGCAAAGCCAAGGCAGCAGGAGACUGGGAGCCCCGCCUUGCUGUCCCUCCCUCACCCAGUGCUGUCCCUGCAACUUUGGAUCAGCUCUUGGUGCCCUUAGCCAAGGGGUGGGAAGGAACCCCAUGAAGGCAGGCCUGGUGGCCGCCUCAGCAGGCCCUGCAGCUGACCUGCUUCUGGCUCCAGCCCCUGGUUGGGCCUGUGGCCGGAGUGUGUUUCCAUGCUCUGCCGGUGGGGAAGCCGGGCUUGACUCGUGCAGGGAGGAUGUGUUGGCCACACAGAAAGGUGGACCAGCACCCAGCAAGCCCUCCCCAGGGUAGGGCCCUUCUCCAGGGAUCCCCUGGAGGGCAGUUAGGGUGUCGGAGAGAAUGUGACUUGUGGCCUCACCAUGGAUAUGUUAUGGGACUAGGCUGGUCUUAGGAUCUUGUGCCUGGAAAUAGCCCUGAGUGGCUCAGGAAGCAGAGCGAGGGUGCCAGAUUGUUCUCUGGCAGGGACCAGGGCCCAAGGCCCCAGGGUUGGAAGGAGACCAAGGGGGCAGCUGCCCUGGAGGGAUACCAGUGCUUCCUCUUUGACCCAGCUCCUCCCCUGUGCUGUUCUGUGUUUUCCUACUAGCCUGUGUCGCCAAAGUUGCUGCCCCAGCUAUGGAUACCUGCUUCUUCCAGAGAAAUAAAGUUAGUUUCUAUUUUAUGUUA